CUAGUAUUUCGAACGCACCACUUCCAUUGCAUACAGAAUUGAUAGCCAGCUUCACCAUCUCUCUUCCCGCUAUCAUGUUGUCAGAUUCCAUCAAGACCCUGCAGCAGAAACUUUUUAGAGGGGCUGAAGAUACCAAUGACUCGGACAUUCAACAAGCGGAUUCGCGUGAUCCUGGACUGACCAUCCAAAUCCCAAAGGCAGAAGUGGCACCACUGGUUCCCAAACCACCGCCAAAGACUUCAAAGGCCAUUUCAGGGGAUCUCAAAACUCAGGAAUAUGGUUCGAUCAAGAGCUAUAGACAGCGGUUAUCUGAAGCAUUAGGCGUGGACUAUCAUGGAGUUGAGAAAUAUCGUUUACUGCAGGAUGAGAAUCGUGAGCGUCACUGGAAGCGGUGGGGACCAUAUCUCAGUGACAGGCAAUGGGCAACUGUACGAGAAGACUACUCAGACAAUGGUGACGCCUGGAGUCAUUUCCCCCAUGAACAUUCCCGAUCCCGAGCGUACAGAUGGGGCGAAGAUGGCAUUGGUGGCAUAUCGGACAGUCAUCAGCGCCUUUGUUUUUCACUUUCUCUCUGGAAUGAGCAGGAUUCCAUCCUGAAGGAAAGGCUAUUCGGAGUCACCGGCCACCAGGGAAACCACGGAGAAGAUGUCAAGGAAAUCUACUACUACUUGGAUUCAACUCCAACUCAUUCAUAUAUGAAGUUCUUAUAUAAGUAUCCUCAACGCAGUUAUCCAUACGAGGAACUAGUGAAUGAGAACGUUCACCGUGACCGGAACGUUGAGGAGUAUGAACUUUUAGAUACGGACGUCUUCGAUGACGAUCGUUACUGGGAUGUUUUCAUGGAGUAUGCGAAAGACGAAGACGAUCCAGACAAUGUUUACAUCCGUAUUACGAGCUACAACCGAGGACCUGACCCCGCUACCUUGCAUAUCAUCCCGCAGCUGUGGUUCAGGAAUACCUGGUCCUGGCCUGCACAUAAACCGCUCAUGCCAUCUCUAUCCGCUGCCACUACCAAUGGUGAUAUUAGCUACAUCAAGGUUAAACACCCUGAAAUGGGGGGGAACUUCCUGUGUUGCCUACCGUCUCCCCCACCUAUGGGUCCGGACGGGGAAUUUGUUGGUGAUGAAGAUGCUGUUAUAAAACCAGAUUUAUUGUUUACAGAAAACAACACAAAUUUCCGCCGAUUAUAUGGCGGCACGAAUCAGAGUGUAUACGUGAAAGAUGCCUUUCACGAUCAUAUCAUUCCAUCACACAGACCUCAGCGAGAGCGCUCAGACUCACAAGGGACGGAUGGCUCGAGUACUCCACUUCCAGCAGUACCUACCCCUACUCGCGACGCUCCACUCGGGGAGUUGUCGUUUGUGAGCCCCGAAAAAUGUGGAACCAAGUCUGCCGCGCACUAUAUCUUCCGCGAUGUCCCAGGCCGAGGUGGAUGUGCCGUGGUUCGUCUGAAGUUGACCCCACUUUCUCCUAAUAGGGACAGAAGCCUCGAAGACGAGGGUGCUUUUGAUGAUGUCGUAGAGGAGCGCCGGCAAGAAGCAAAUGAGUUUUAUAAUUCUCUGCUCUUUGGUCCCAUCAGCGAUGACUUGAAGCAAGUCAUGAGGCAAGCACUUGGAGGCAUGCUUUGGACGAAGCAGUUCUAUUACUUUGUACAAAAGGAGUGGAUCGAAGGCGAUCCAGCCCAACCUCCCCCUCCACCUGGACGCCAACAUAUUCGUAACAAGCACUGGCGUCAUAUGCACAUAGAAGAUAUUCUUUCCAUGCCCGACAAAUGGGAAUACCCUUUCUUUGCGGCAUGGGACACAGCAUUUCAUUGCAUCCCCCUCGCCGUAGUGGACCCUGUAUUUGCAAAGAAGCAAUUAGAUAUAUUGACUCGAGAAUGGUAUAUGAAGCCUGAUGGUCAGAUUCCUGCAUACGAAUGGAACUUUAGUGAUGUAAACCCACCGGUCCAUGCCUGGGCGACGUUUAGAGUCUUCAAAAUAGAACGUAAGCUUACUGGCAGGGAAGAUAUGCCUUUCUUGGAACGUGUUUUCCAGAAGUUACUGCUCAAUUUCACGUGGUGGGUCAACCGCAAGGAUUCUGGGGGGAACAAUGUAUUCGAGGGAGGAUUUCUUGGACUUGAUAAUAUCGGCAUAUUUAACCGUUCGGAGCCACUCCCCACGGGUGGAAACCUGCGUCAGGCGGAUGGCACUGCUUGGAUGGCAUUUUAUUGUUUGAAUAUGUUAAACAUAGCCCUUGAACUGGCAAAGCACAAUGCUGUAUAUGAAGACAUUGCUUCCAAGUUCUUUGAGCACUUCAUAUUCAUCGCAGAUGCUAUGACUUAUAGAUCAGGUGAACACGAGUCGAGCCUGUGGAAUGAAGAAGAUGGGAUGUACUAUGACGCCAUUGAGUUUGGUCCAGGGAAUUCGGUUCAGCUUCCCGUAAGGAGCCUUGUCAGUCUCAUUCCUCUCUACGCGACCCUUGUUUUGGAACCUGCCGUAAUCAAUCGAUUCCCUGGAUUCAAGAAGCGCAUGGAAUGGUUCCUCGAUAACCGGCCUGAAAUAUCGGGAAGAAAUAUGGCCAAUAUGAGGGCUGGAGGUAGGGGCGAACGGCGUUUACUUGCGUUGGCCAGCAAAGAACGUCUGGUGCGCAUACUGGAGAAGAUGCUAGACGAGGAUGAGUUCUUCAGCGAAUACGGCAUUCGUUCUCUAUCUAAGCUACAUAAGGAAAAGCCUUGGGGGAUGCAGGUGAACGGAGAUUGGCAUGAGGUAGGGUAUUGGCCUGGAGAAUCUCACUCUGGAAUGUUUGGUGGAAACUCAAAUUGGAGAGGGCCUAUUUGGCUUGCCGUCAACUUCCUUUUGAUAGAGAGUCUGCAGCGGUUUUAUCAAUAUUACGGCGAUGAGCUGCAGGUCGAAUGUCCCACAGGAAGUGGAGAUUAUAUGAACCUCGUGGAGGUGGCAGAGGAGAUACAACAUCGUAUAAUUCACAUUUUUGGACGUGACGUGGAAGGCAAAAGGGCUACCAACGGUGGGAACGUGAAGCUUGACCAGGACCCGCAUUUCCGCGAUUACGUCUCCUUUUAUGAGUUCUUCCAUGGAGAUACGGGACGCGGUUUAGGAGCAUCGCAUCAAACAGGAUGGACUGGCCUCGUUGCAUAUCAUAUCCUACAAAGCGGUGUCAACUGUCGGCUGCCGAAAACUCCACGAACACCCCGCAGCCUCGUCAAUCAUUACUUUGAUGAAACAAUUGAUUCUCAAUCGGAGCACGGUGGAGAUGCACAAUCACUGUACAGUGCCAUUAGUGCACUAGAGCUGUACACAUUGGGCGACAUCUCUCCCGAUGCACUGUGAUAUCUGACAAUGGUUACCUUCCGAUUCGCUUAUCAUAUAAACCACGCCUUGUCAAUGUUAGAUGCGAAGACAUACCUGUACAACUC